AUGGAGAGUAGAGGAAAAAGAAUUUACAGACUAUAUCUUCAACAGAAAGAAAAGAAUACUGUUAAAAAAGGUGUAUUUCCUCCUAGUUCGUCAGAUUUAAAUACCCGUAAACUCAACGAUUUAUCCAAUAAACAGUAUUGUGCAGACAUGCAGAUACCAUCGACUUCCGGAAAUUUUGUCGAAAGCAAUGAGUCAGGAAGCGAAGCAGACGGAUAUGUGUCGUCCAGUGAUGAAUUCGUUCCUUCAGGUACGGGCUAUUCGGAUGAAUCAGACUACUAUGAAGAAACCACAAACAAAAUGUUUUCCAAAAAAAUACAUGAUGCUAAACGAAACAUCUUUUCUGAAAAACUUCCUAACAAAAAUUUGUUAAAUGAAAAAAAGGAACAAAACAUGAAGAAUAUAGACAACCAAGCAGAAGUGAAUGCUGAAAAUAAGACAAAGAAAUUUCAAAUAAAACCCAAUAUUGAAGACAGUCAAAGUGCGGUACAUGUUACCGCAGAAGGACAAGGAGCUGAUGUUUCCAAACCUCACAGGACGGCGAAAAAAAUUUUUGAGCUUAAAGAGAAGAAAGCUCGUAAAAGAGAACGCAACCCUGUUGAAUGGAAGAAAAAAAAGGCAGCAAUACAAAAAGAAAAAGGGUUGGAAUAUGUUUCUCAAAAUGGAAAAAUUAUACCAGCAAAAGAAAUUGAGGAAGAUUUAGUGUUAUGUAAAGCAACAUGCAGAUUAAAGUGUGGAACCAAAUUCAGCUUAGAAGCUAGAAAAUCUAUAUUGAAAAGGUUUUAUAAUUUAGAAAAUAACGCAAAAACCUGUCUUUUGUUUAAAAGCAUUGACAUAAAUCAAGUUUCAAGACACCGAAUUCGUUCUGGAGGUAAAAAGCAGAAGUUAAGAGAAUGUUCUUUUAAAUACUCAGUAACUUACGACAGAGAAAAAAUAUCUGUCUAACACAAUGCAAUAGCUAAUGUGUACUUAGGGUCGUCUAUAUCCAACAAAUUCGACGUACACCCAAUCGAAGUCUAUGUUAGAUCAACAUCAGUAUGUGAUGUAAGAAAAAGUGAUCUGGAAAAAUUACUCAACAUAGCAUAUGCAAUAUUUGAAAGCCUCGAUAUAUCUCCGAUCACAGAAGAGAAUUUGACAUUCCUAGAACUAAAUAACCUCCCAACCCCUGAGCAUGUGUCGACGGAAAACCUCAUAAAUCUAACAGAUGACAGAAAGUAUAACAUAGCCGCUUCUACUAUGAACGCAUUAGUUGUAAGUCAUAACAUGUUUGCCGAUACUCCAUUUAUCAAAGACUCAAGGAAGAUCCCAGAACAGAUUGACGAGGAAGACACAAUAUCCUUUUAUCUAAACUGCAUUCUUUCACUACUCCCCAAUGAGGCACUUAAAUCAAAGCCUCUGAGCGUUAUGUUAAAGUUAAUCCAAGAAAAGAAAGCAGGUACAAUAGGCUUCUUAACUGUAGAUGGAGAGACUAUCCAAAAUGAAACCUCUCCAGACGUUUGGGAUUCUAAGAAGGCAUCCAAGAUUGUCAUAUUAGGAAUCUAUGCCGUCCUUGCUGCCUCUAAAAGUGGGGUUAGAGAUUACAACGCAACCGAAAUAAGCCAUUACUCAGCCUGGCUCAAAACAAGGUACGAGCCUCUUAUGAUAAAAUUAGGGGCAGCAUCCGACAUUGACAUACAACAGUAUGCUUUUGACUUAAACACAGUGUCCCUAUUCUGGAAAAAGCGGCUUAGCCUCCGUGCAGCAAUUCUUUUUCCCUUCAUCUCAAAAGACACCCCCAACUCGAAGAACAUACUUUUCAACUCCAUUCGUGCCUACGGUCAGAUGGUCCUGUCUUGGACAGGGAUGACCACCGUCAAGCUUGCGAACUCUUUUGCAGACUCCACCGAUUCACACGCCCAUACACUUAAGACUGUCCGCGAUGAUAUAACCAGACUACAAACUGCGUUUUCAAGAAAGCAAGAACGUUGCAAAGAUCUACACUACGAGAUCCCGUUUCAGUGGCUUAUGGAAGGCCAAGACCCAAAUCUUGAAAUCUCAAAAUUCCCAGAAUUGGCCUACUGCACCCUUUACUACCUUAAGAUCAAUGUAAAAGGUCCGUGGGAGAAUUUCAGAGGGAAAAUAGAAACAAGAGAAUCUAGGAGGUUAUUAGAAGAAAAGACAAGAAAAACUGCUCUCCUCCACAUCUGA